UGGAGCUUUAGUGUGCGAGGUAAGACCUUCUACACAGAACAUGUGGUGAAUAUCUGACUGCAGCAUCUGAGUGUAACUGCUACUAUUAAAUAACUCAAAGAAACGGGGAGUUUGUGAUUUGCAGGAAAUGACCACGGAGAGAAAAGAGCUCUACUAGCUACAUGGCUACCAUGAGCUGUAUGGCUGACUGCCAUAUGUACACCUCUCACUAUGGCCUCCCUGAACAUCUCACGUGGAGAUGAAAGACUUUAUCAAAGGGGACACAACUAAACAAACUUAUUAAGAUGCGUGACCAUUCAUGUCUGAGGUUUGUCUGAAUUCACUGACUGCUAUAGGUACAGGGUGUUGUUACAGUGUGGAAAACUAGUAAUACAUAAGGCACCUCUGAUACCUGAAGACAUGGCGUUCUUCUAAACACGCUGGGAUAAUGUCUUAUCUCACUAAUGUUCUCUAUGUCGAUACAGAAUAUGGAUCAAAACGGAGUCCAGCCUCAGUGUUUAUGUCAUUAACAUGAUCCUCUGUUUCGAAACAAUGUUUUCCGAGGAGAGGGAACUCACUUCUCAGCAGGCGCUGUGGCUGACCCCUCUCUUGAACCCCAGCAAUGUCCCGAGCAGUGAUCCGGCCCCUGCAGGUGGGAGUCACCCCUCCGGAGACCCUGUCCGUGCUUCAGCAGCGCCUCCGGAUGGCCGAAGAGCAGGCGGAUGAGCUCGUUCGGGGCAUGGAAUCGUUGGGGGUCCCGUGCAGGCAGCUCCCGGAAACCCUGGGAUCAGUACAGCAUCCUCCACCCGUCACUCCCGCUCACGCUGGCCAUGUCCUUGAGAGGUGCAGCUGUGAGGCGCUAGUGAGCCGGGUCUGUCGACUGGAGAGCCUCAUGCAGACUCUGAAACUCAGUACUUUCCGCCUGGAGGCAGAGAAAGAGCUCAGCUCCACUCACUCUGCCUCUCUGAUGGAGCAGCUCUCAGUCCUGCAACGGGAGAGUGAGGAGGAGCGACAGGCAGCGAGGAAGGAGGCAACACGGCUUCAAGACCGCCUGCAUCGAGCCUGCCAGGACAGAACAGAAGCCCUGGAGAAGGUGAAGCAGCUGGAGGAGGCCCUGGAGGCAGCCGCCACCUCCAAGGUGGAUGUGGCCCUGGAAGCUGAGGAGCUGAAGGAGGUUAAGUUGCAGAUGAAUGGGAAACUGCUGGAGCUGAACGAGCUGUUGUCUCAAGAGGCUUCCCGCAACUCAGAACUGAAACGGUCACAGGGUGCAUUGUUGCAGAGGAUUCGGAGGAUGGAGAAAAUGAUCGAGAAUGAGAGAAGACAGAGGGAGCUGCUGCAAGCAGACUGCCGCACCGUGCGCCAUAAGAAACGGGAAGCAGAAUGGCAGUGGCACAAAGAGGUGGCACGAGCACAGCGGCUCGAGGAGCAGUGCCAGCAGCUCCAACAGCAAGCAGAUAUAAAAGAAUCCCUGAUUUCCCAGUUGACUGGAGAAUUAAAAGAGCUGCUCCAGGAGAAUGGCAGGAUGCUGAAGGACGGUGAGGACCUGAGGGCUUCGGCCCACAAAACUCAGGCGCUGAAAGCCCAGCUGGAGAUGCAGUGCGCUGAGCUGAGCACUGCUCUGCGUUCCACGAUGAUGGAGAACGUUCAGCUCCAGACCGAGCACCAGGCGAGCCUUAAGGUGGAGCAGCACUUGCGUGAGCAGGACCUGCUUUUUGAUGCUGCACGGCGCAGCAUCCAGGCAGAAAUGAAGAAGGCACAAUCGGAGAAACUCAGUCUGCAGGAAGCAUUGCGCAGUCUACAGGCUGAGCAUGCCGAGCUGCAGCGCAGCUCCAUAGCGGCCCUGGCCAACACCGUCACUCAGAGGGAGCUCUUGGAGCGAACCGUUGACAUGCUGCAGGGGGAGCUGAACGCUGCGGUGGUGCAGGGAGAGACCCUGAAAAGAGAGAAGGAGAGCACGCAAGCCGAGGCCUGUGUCUCCAUCAGCAAGCUGGAGGCAGAGCGCAGUUCCCUGGAGGCACGGUUAACCGAGGUGAAGUUAAAGGUGGGAAUGCUGGAAGAGAAGAACAAGGUGCUCGUGGCGACGCUGCCUGAGGUAGACCAGGUGGAGGCCUUGCACAUGGCCCUGGAGCUAGCUGGGGAGGACAACAAAAAGCUGGCCCAAAGCUUGGAGCAGGCACUGCUGGCUUACAGCAAGCUGCAAGGCAGGCUGUGUCAGGCUCAAGAAGAUCAGCAGGACCUCAUGGAGAGAGGUGACACAGCUGAGAGAACAGGUCUGAAGGCAGAGCUAAAGAAAGAAAGGGAUUUAAGGAGAAGAGCUACACAGAAGGUGGCUGAGGUGAAGAAGGCUCUGGAGAACGCGUUGCACACAUCUGAUAACCUGUCUGUGGAAAAUCGAAAGUUGAGGGAGAAGGUGUAUGAGCUGGAGAAGGUGGUGUCUAAGCAGAAAGCCCGAAUUGCAGAGCAGAAGAGCCAGCUGAAACAGCACCUGGGCAGUAAAGCAGAGCUGUGGAGCACCCAGAGGGUGAAGGUCCUGUCCCAGACCGGUCCGAGUGCUGGACCAGUCCCAGUCCCAGAGUCCAGCCCAGAGCCAGCUCUGGAAUACCCUUCUGAGGCUGCAGCUGGGCACUUGUUCCUGAGCUGCCUAAUCAGAACCUGCUGUAUCCCUGGCAGCGAAAGUUACAGCAUUUGCUUUAUUGUGAUUUGUCAACAUGGGAACUCAUUUGUCACAUCCCAGCCCCAGAAUGAGAAAUGUGAAAAUUUAUACCAUAUGUAUGCAACAUGUACAGUGACAAAAAAAUAAACUCAAUAAAUCAUAUUAUCUAUAUAAAACCAGGCUUUCUAACAUACUUAAAAUGAAAAGGUACGUUUAAACA